UUCCUAGAACAGGGGCAAAGGCAAACGGCUACCGCGUCGCAUAUGGGUUCAGUGCAUUGUAACGGUUUCCUUAUUCAAAUUUGAAAAUUUACAGACUCCUAUUUGUAACGGCUACUCGAAGGGAGUACACCACACACUCAAAUCUCCCCCCCCCCCCCCCCCCCUCUCUCUCUCACAUAUGUAUAUGCAAGCAACCAAGCAUCAGUCAUGGAGAAUUUAUGUUCAUGCCAAGGCCAAGAACUUCGACCUCAAGUUCCAGUGCUUGAAAAUCCUCCCUAACUGGAGUAUCCGCGGGGCCCAAUUCUCCGUUCUCAUUAAGAUUCGCCAGCUUUUCUUGAAAAUGGUAUUUCAGACCGGAAGUUUGGUAGAGAAAUGCAAGAGGGAGAGAUCCAAAUCAAGAUUUCUUCGGAUUUUGAAAAGCUUGGUUCCAUGGCGGAUUGGUAGUAAGAUCCUCGUCGCCAAGAGGAGAUCAAAUAUUCAGCGUCCCAAAGUCAAUUUUCCUCCGAAGCAACAACAUGGUGGACUUCUUUCUGAGGAGCCGAUGGCCGCGAUAACAGGAAAUCUGGCCCUCCUUUCUAGUUCAGUGUCCCAGAUGAAUUAUGGAGGAAUUACCAUCCAUGCUUCUACCAUAUUUCUGUACCUAAUCUUAUUAUUCAAGAACUUCUUAACCAGAAAAAUUCAUUUUCUGGCGCCUUUGCUUGCAACUUUCGCUUCAUCAAUCGGGUUUUCUUUGAAUUAUUUGAAUUACAAAGGCCGUGUUUCAGUGGCUGUUUGGAAAGCAUGGAACCAACUCAUUUCUUUUGGGUGUUUAUAUGUUCUUACUCAGGUUAUAAUUUCAAGGAUUUCACUAUCUAUUGAAAGAAACAAAUUACUUGGAUUUGUUAUUUCGGCUUUUUUACUGCAUAUGUCAGAUUGGGGUGGGCCAUCCAAAGGUAGGAAUCAUGCAAUAGAGGCGGCACCGACGUGGACGGCAAACCUACUUAUUGCGUGCCAAACCUUCUUUCAUGUGCUUGAAAACCCUAGGGACCCCAAGACACUAGCAAUCUUCAUGUCUUCGGUACACUGCUUGGUGAAAGAGAUGGCCCACUUGGUGGCCCCAUAUUUAGCAACUUGAGUUUUCCAUGUAAUCGUGAUCAUCAGUAUAAACGUGACAAGAUCCAAGCCGUUCAUCAGGUACGGCGCACUAUGUACAAAAAUCAAAGUGACGAGACCUGUUGGUCAUUUCUUUUUAACUGUUAACAAAAAUCAUAGUGAUGAUACCUGUUGGUUGGUCUA